CAGGGCUGUAGGUAUCAUGGAGGAUCAGUGUUCGCUGAGAGCUCCACCAGAGGAGAGCUGCUGCCGCUGCGACCCGCUCUGAGCCGCUCCGACCCGGACUAGAGACCCGCAGAGCCCCGCAGAGCCCCGCAGAGCCCCCAGAGCACCAUGGACAUGAAGAAGAGGAUCACCCUGGAGCUGAGGAACCGGAGCCCGGCGGAGAUCUCUGAGCUGGUGGUGGAUAACAGCCGUUCAGCAGACGGGGAGGUAGAAGGACUAACAGACUGUUUCUGUGAGUUAGAGUUCCUCAGUAUGGUCAACGUGGGUCUGACCUCGCUGGCUAAACUCCCCUCACUGCCCAAACUACACAAGCUGGAGCUGAGUGACAACAACCUGUCUGGUUCUCUGGAGACUCUGUCAGAGAAAUGUCCCAACCUGACCUACCUCAACCUGAGCGGGAACAAGAUCAAAGAGCUCAGCAACGUCGAGGCUCUGGUGAACCUGAAGAGCCUCCAGAGUCUGGACCUGUUCAACUGUGAGAUCACGUCUCUGGAGGACUACAGGGAGAGCGUCUUCGAGCUGCUGCCUCAGGUGACCUACCUGGACGGCUUCGACCAGGAGGACAACGAGGCGCCCGACUCUGAGGCUGACGACGAAGACGAGGACGGCGAGGACGGGGCGGGGCCGACCGGAGACUACGACGAGGAGGACGAAGACGAGGAGGACGAGGACGGCUCGGAGGGAGGAGAGGUGGGACUGAGCUUUCAGGUGAACCGAGCCGAUCAGGACGACGAUGACGAUGAAGACGACUACGGCGAGGAGGAAGAGGAAGAGGACCAGGCUGGCGUUCAGGGACAGAAGAGGAAGAGGGACGUGGACGACGAGGGCGAGGAUGAUGACGAGGAUGAAGACGACUAGUCUUCGUCUCCGUCUGCCGUCUGUGUGUCGUCCUGUUUCUGUCCGUCUCCGUCCUCCGGACCCGACCUCCACAACAACAACAACAACAACAACAACAACAACAACAAGAGACAGCAGCAACAGGAACUGUGUGAUCUGAUAGUUUGUUUCACUUUUAAUAGAAUCUCACGUCUUUAUUUUAGAUAAUAUAUGAGAAGAUUUUAUCAGCUGGAGAGUCCACGUGGUUCCCUUUAAAACCUGGUUCAGGAUCAGCCCGCCCCCCCACAUCCUGGACCCUGCUCCUGGUUCUGGUUCUGGUUCUGGUCCGACGCCUCUCUGAGGCAAACACAAACUGUAAACAAGAUGCGUCACUUCCUGCCGCCAGUUUCCUUCUUCUUCUUCGUCCUGCUGGAGUCCAGAUCAGACAACAACAACAACAACAACAACAACAACGAAGCUUCUCAACCGGCAGAUUUCCAGUCAAGUUUUAGUUUUUAAUUCAGUGUAAAGAAUCGUUAAUAUUUAAGGUUUCUGCAGCGUUUCAUCGUCAGACGAUCUUCAGAUUGAACCUCAAACAGCUGAGAUUUUCAAAAUAAAAAGUCAGAAUAUUCCGUUCUAGGGCUCCGACUUGCAGCUCUUCUACGUGGAGUUCUCAUGUUCUCCCCGUGUCAGCGUGGGUUCUCUGGUUCUCCGGCUUCCUCCCACAGUCCAAAAACAUGCACUUAGGGUUAAAUGGUGACCCGUAGGAGUGUAUGAGAGCGUGUUUGCAGAUAAGUGGUUAAGGAUAAUGAACAAAUAUUCCGUUCUUUAGUAAAAUCCUGUUUUCUUUUAGCGCCGCAGCGUCUCAGUUCAGAUCCAAACAAACAAACAAACAACUUGUUUACGUUCAGAUUCCUCGCCGCCGCUUCUCACCAGUUUUUGGCGCUCCGAACUCUGAGAUCCGCUGAGCUUCAGUUUUGAAAGUCUUGUUCGUUCUCUGAUCUGGACUCCAGCGACCCGUCAGAACCAGCAGAGUCUCCGGUUCCACCGACUCAGAGACGACUCGGCGGGACAGGAAGUGGCGGGACGGCGUCUCCAGACCAGAACCGUCAUAUCGAGGUGGACUCUCAGAGACGAGGGACCAGGACGUCGUGUUUCAACCCUCGCUAGAUCAGCUGACCUGCUGCCGCUCCUCUGUGUGUGAUUGGUUCCUGUAGCUCCGCCCCUGGAGGUCAGAGGUCAGCGGAGGAGGAGCUUUAGUCUGACGUGUUUGUUUUAUUUUUUAACUUCCUGUCCCUGAACAGCUGUUUGGUGUUUGUUUUUAUUAGUUCAGUCCUUUAAACCGCCCGUCCCCCCGUGAUGAUGUCACGCCCCAGGCCCCGCCCCCGUGAUGUCACGCCCCAGGCCCCGCCCCCGGCCCGGUGAGGGGGCGGGGCCUGCGGCAGGUUCAGGUGUUCUGCUCUGCAGCGUUUUUUCUGCCGCUGCUGGUUUUAGAGGAGCGAAGCGUCGCAGCAGGAGACGAAAAGUUAAUAAAUCAGGAAUAAAUUCAUAAAGAUCAUCAACAUUUGAACUUUUCGUCUCGUGGCGCGUCGACUCGUUCUGAACUUUUAUCUGCUGUAAACUUUUAGCUUUUCUCUCGUUUUACGCUCUUAAACUAACUCCAACGCUCCGACUCAGCAAAAACUCUCCUGGAAUAUUAUAAAACUCAGCGAAAUGUUAAAGGAGUUUAAAAUGUAAAAUAUUCAGUUCUUCUCAGAGUUUUUCAUGUUUUGGGGGUUUUUAUUCAUAAAUCUGAACGUCUCUUAUAAUCUUCUGUUAUGUUUCUGAGUUUGACUCGGAACAUGUUUAAUUAUCAAAAAGUGUCGGAAACUAAAAGAAAUCCC